UUCAGUUAUUAUGAACUUCAGGUAUGGCUGAACAAAAAUAUGAACUAUGGACCAUCCCAUCAAAGAACAAGCUUCCCAAGCACUAUCCAUGGUAUUCUGAGAGACUGAGGCAGAAGUAUUUGUCAACCAAACCAUCUGGUGCAUUGCUGUCAAGUAAUUGGGUCUUUGUAAAGGAUGGUGGUGAUGAUUACAGGACUGGUAUCCCUCGAGAGACAAUGUCUGCUCAACCCUAUUUGACAAAGAAAGAUGGCUCACGCCAUCCAGCAAUGGCACCAAGAAAUUUACCUCCUCUCAAUCAAAACAGGGAGCCCUCUGCAAGAAUCAGCAAAAGCUUAGACAAGCAGACAAUUGCAUUUUCCAAGAAAGUUCCUCGAAAAGAAGCACAAAUGCAGUACAUUGAUGUUAUUGAGGAGGGUCUGACUGGUCAUCCCCUUGCAGUGUUUCCACAUUAUGAAGAUGCUGUUGCACCUGAACUUUUUGAGGAAAUCGUGGAAGCUCUAGAUCCUGAGGUUCGUCAAGAUAGUUCCAGUGAUUUGUCUGAGUCAACUGAAAAUGAUUCACCAAGAGAUGAUGCUGUUUCCGAAGCAGAGGAAUCAAAAGUGUCACAGGAAUCACCAGUGCCAAACCAAUUAGACUCCGAAAGCAAAACGAGUGUUGUCAAUGAAAAUUCUCUGCCUAUUAGCUCUUUUAGAUGGUACCCAUCAGAGGAACCUUUUGAUGAUAACAAUUCUUCUCCAGGAGUCCAAGAGCGAGGCUCAGGGCACACCAAGAUUCAAAGUGUCACCAAAGACUUUUGUGACUGGGUAAGAGAACUUGGAGGGGAUCCAAAUGAUGCUCAUAUCAAUAAUAUUGAAGAGAGUACUAUCUUCAGUUUGUUUGCAAGUGGAUAUGAAACAAAACCAGCCCUCUCUGUCCCUAUACAUGUUGUUCAACUCUCUGAUGUUCCUUUGGAGCUCCGCAAUGGAGCAAUGGUAUCACCUGAUUUACCAAGUCUCCUCCAAUAUGGAAUUAAGAAUUUGACAAUCAGACGAGGCGACACCCCUAGCAGUCACAAGGGAAUUGUUUCCCGGAAUCACUGGAUAAGACAUCAAUACGGUGCCUGGUAUUUACCAGUUGACUUGUGGAGACACAAAAAUACUCCAACUGGUUUAAGUGAUCCUCAGGAGGACACCAUGAAAACUGUCUCUGAAGCAAAACUGAAAAGCAGAGAGCUAGACUCUACCCUGGCAACGAUGCAUGGUGCAAUGUCUUUCAGAGAGUAUGUUGAUAGAAAAAACAGACGGCGACCAGAUUUUCUUCACUGUGUUGAUCCUCUAGAGAAAGAGGAGAUAAACAUUAACAGUGCUAAAUCAGCGCGUGGCGGAUCAUCAUAGUAAAAGUUUGCUUUAAAUUUGAUUCCAAUUAAAAUGUGCUGGAGCUGUACAAGCUGUGAUUUUAAGAAUGAAGAUUGAGAUAGAUACAAUUAAAGAUAAAGUUUGAUGAAUGAUGAUUUUGCAUCAAACUCUGCUUUUGGUAUUUUGCUGUGCUGUUGAUGAACUGUAAAAACUCCGACAGUUAUGCCGCUGUGCUGCUGCUGCUGCAUGCAUAUCAUACUUAUACUUUUGUGUUUAUAUGAUAAUUUGAGAUUAUAGAAGUACGACAUUAUUGAGAUUUUUUAGA